AUCAUUUCUGUGAGAAGUGCGCUGGGAUACAAACAAGGGAGGCUGCUGCUCGCUAGCCCGCUAAUGCAAGUAGGUCAAUCCGUGUGCUGAGAUAUGAAAUCAAGGAUUUAAAAAUCUGAGAAGGAAAGCGGUGGUUGGAAUUACAUUUGUGAUGAGACGUAUAAAAUUACGCUUGCACUCUUCGCUGUCCAGGGUCCUGUCUUACGAGCGCAAGCCUGUCGACCAGCCUCACUUUUCCACCACCCUCACGUUAGGCUGUUUUUAGGGAAGGAAUCAUGGAGUUACGUGUUGGGAGUAAAUACCGUCUUGGGCGAAAGAUUGGAAGUGGCUCCUUUGGUGAUAUUUACUUGGGUGCAAAUAUCACAUCAGGAGAGGAGGUAGCCAUUAAACUGGAGAGUGUGAAGACUAAACAUCCACAAUUACAUAUUGAGAGCAAGUUCUAUAAGAUGAUGCAAGGUGGAGUGGGUAUUCCCUCGAUCAAAUGGUGUGGUGCAGAAGGAGACUACAAUGUCAUGGUGAUGGAGCUCCUGGGUCCAAGCUUGGAGGACCUGUUCAACUUCUGCUCAAGGAAAUUCACACUUAAAACGGUCCUGCUGCUGGCAGACCAGAUGAUUAGCCGAAUCGAGUACAUACACUCCAAAAACUUCAUUCAUAGAGACAUUAAACCUGAUAAUUUCCUGAUGGGGCUUGGCAAGAAGGGAAACCUGGUCUACAUCAUAGACUUUGGCUUGGCCAAGAAGUAUCGUGACGCCCGCACACAUCAGCACAUCCCGUAUCGUGAGAAUAAGAACCUGACUGGCACUGCCCGCUAUGCCUCCAUUAACACUCAUUUGGGCAUUGAGCAAUCUCGGCGGGAUGAUCUCGAGUCCCUUGGCUAUGUUCUUAUGUACUUUAACUUGGGUUCUCUGCCCUGGCAAGGCCUCAAAGCGGCCACUAAAAGGCAGAAGUAUGAGCGAAUCAGUGAGAAAAAGAUGUCAACCCCAAUUGAGGUUCUUUGUAAGGGCUAUCCAUCUGAAUUUUCAACCUACAUGAACUUCUGCCGCUCACUCCGAUUUGAUGACAAGCCCGACUACUCCUAUCUAAGACAGCUGUUCAGGAACCUUUUCCACAGACAAGGAUUUUCAUACGACUAUGUGUUUGACUGGAACAUGCUGAAAUUUGGCUCCAGCAGGACAGCAGAGGAUAAAGAGAAGGAGCAGAGGGGAGAGGGAGAAGAGAGGGAUGAGAGGACUGGCGGUGUACCACCGGGUUCUGCGGCUCGUGCUUUGCCCUCUGGCCCCAACCUCCCGGCCCCUAACAGGGUCCGCAACGGCCCAGACCCGGCCAGCUCAACACCUGCCUCCCGUGUGCCGCAGUCUGGGAACGCAUCUCCAAGAGCAGGCCGAGGAGCUGAGCGGGAAAGGAGAGUGUGUUUACGGCUGCACCGCGGUGCUCCUGCCAAUGCCUCCCCUGACCUCCCUCUCCGUCAUGAUCAGAUCCGCAUCACUCCCCCACAGGUCAGUGUUCCAUUCGAACACAUGGGGAAAUGAGCUCUGCAAGUUCACUGUCAUUUACUGUUUUUAGGAGGAUUACAACAGACAACUCCCCUAAAGCAUUUAUAUUCAUCUUUCUAUGUAAAACGGGAGUGCGAAACAGUGGCAAGAAGCUGAAAGAAAGGAACCACAUUUUUGUAAUGGACAAAGUGCUCCACCGUCCUCACGCAGUGCAGGUUGUUGCUGUUGGGAUGAGACAUCGAAGAUACAGACGCAUGUGGACAGUGGAUAGGCAGGUUUAUUGAGGAUCACAAGACUCAAGACUCAAACAAUGGAAGUGGAAAAGAGAAUUUUUACCUGCGACCUGAUGAAGGUUAUUUUGGUUGUUCUCUGUUUUGUCUGAAAUGCCGGGAAAAGGACUUGCUUGUUGGACUGUAAAGUUAAAAUUGAAUAUUGAUAGAGUGUAAAAAAUGUAUCCCUUGCACUGUUACUUUAACACAAAAAGUGUUGUAUGUUGACACCUUACUGAUGUAUGAGGUUUUGUGGAACCAUCUUUUCCAUGUUAAAUUUUAAAUAUGCAAAAGUUAAGAAUCUCCAAGAAUGUUGUUUCCAGUCAAACUGGUGUUUUGGCUGUAGACGUCACUGAAUGGAUGUGUCAUGAUUGUGCAUUGAACAGAUAAAUUAUUGGAGGUAUUGAUAUCAAUAUCUGCUGUAGUGAACUAACCUAAAGAUCAAUUUGAGCAUUAUUAAAGGCCUGAACUCCUCUCUUACAAUUACACAGCUGAACAAUAUGGUGUACUGAAAAUUUGAUAUGAAGACUCCUGCAUUGACAUUAUGACAACCUCAUUUAUAAAUAAACACACAUAUCAAAGUAUGAGUGUUUCAGCUUGUUGAACAUUGUGGAACUUAGUGAAUUUACUGAACUUUUUUUUUUUUUUUUGCACGGCUGAUGUAAAAAGUAACAUGACCAGAGCUGUUUAAUUAAAGUUUACCCCUUUGAAAGGAUUAUUAAUGGAUUAUUAAGAUUGUCCUGUCUUUUGAAUGAAGCUCAAUACAUGUAAACAGUGGAAAAACACAGAGACAAAAAGUAAGAGACAAUAAGGAACUGGAUGGAUUCACAUUAUAAAAUUGUGGAUUUCAAAGUAUUAUUUAUUGCAUUAAAUGAAACAAAAUAAAAGAAAAAAAUACAUAUGCAUUUA